ACUUUUUAAAAUAUAUGGCAACACGGCAUUGUUUUGACGUCAAAUUUAAAAGGUCGCUUUUUAGAGGUUAUAAAAUGACACCACUAAGCCAAACCAAUGUUUUUGUUUAAUAUGUUUUUGUGAUUUUUAUAGUUAAUAUAUACUUUUGUUAGUUUGUAGUCUUUAAAGUAUGUCUACCCAGCCACCGCCAUUCGUAUAUCCCUUCCGAAGACCAUGGCUUUAUCAAAAUUGUGCGGCUGCACCAGCAGGAGGUGGUAACAAGGGUCUUAAAGGAAUUAUUGCUGGAGGCAUUACAGGGGGCAUUGAAAUAUGCAUAACGUUUCCUACAGAAUAUGUUAAAACACAGCUUCAAUUAGACGAAAAAGGGGAUAGAAAAAAAUAUGCUGGAAUAGUAGAUUGUGUAAAGAAAACUGUUAAAACUCAUGGAUUUUUUGGUCUGUAUAGAGGUCUUAGUGUAUUACUUUAUGGUUCAAUACCUAAGAGCGCCGUAAGGUUUGGUGCAUUUGAGACGUUCAAAGGUUUAAUGCAGAGGCCUGACGGUACACUUUCGCCUGGUGGAAGGUUACUAUGCGGUUUAGGGGCUGGCGUUUGUGAAGCUAUUUUAGCUGUAACUCCAAUGGAGACAAUUAAAGUGAAAUUUAUAAAUGACCAAAGGAGCGGUAGCCCUCGUUUUAGAGGUUUUUUCCACGGUGUUGGAGUCAUUAUAAAGGAACAAGGUGUUGGAGGAAUAUAUAAAGGAUUAACAGCCACAAUACUGAAACAGGGGUCAAAUCAAGCGAUCAGAUUUUUUGUUAUGGAAACUCUUAAAGAUACGUAUAAAGGUGGGGAUAAGAAUAAACAAGUUCCUAAAUAUAUGGUAGGAAUUUUCGGUGCCGUAGCCGGUGCUGCUUCCGUUUUUGGAAACACUCCUUUAGAUGUAGUUAAAACAAGGAUGCAGGGUCUCGAAGCUCAUAAAUAUAAAAGUACAGUUGACUGUAUGACAAAAAUAUGGACUCAGGAAGGUCCACGGGCGUUUUACAAAGGAACUGUGCCAAGGUUAGGCAGAGUAUGCCUAGACGUAGCCAUUACUUUUAUGAUUUACGACAGUUUUAUGGAUCUGUUUAAUAAAUUCUGGCCUUAGGUAUUAAAGCUUUUUUUCUAAAAAAAAUACAUAAUCUUAAUUGUCAAUGUUAUUUGGAUGUUAUUAUCCAGUUGUAAGCGCAUUUAUUUAAAUUUACCUUUAUUCUAGUACCACAAAAAGUUGAAUACUUUAGAACUAGUUUAUGUGACUGUAAUUUUAUAGAAUUACUGAAUUAUCUCGUACAUUCCUGAUUUACAUUUUUUAUUGUUUAGAUUAAUUUGUUUUACUUUGUUAUUCAAAAAUCUAUAUGUUAAUUAUUGUUGUUAUUUUUUUUUCAAUUUUUAAUCUUAAAGAUAUGUUCUAAAUUAAAAAAUUAUAUAUUAAUGAAAAAUAUGAUUUUUCUCUGUUAAAUUAUCAAGAAUUAUAAUUAUUUUGUUUAAAUAACUAGCUUGUCUGUCUUUAAAUCUGCGCACGCUUUAAAUUACAGAUAUAGUUUAACUAUAUGAUUUUAUAAAAGCAUUUUACAUUUUUAAAAAUUUACUUAAGAUUAAAAAAUACCAAAAGGCGUACCAAAUGUAUAAAUAUAAUUAAAUUGAUAUAAUCAGUACAGUUUUUAUUUUUUUAUAAAUUAUUGAUUUAAUUUAAAUGCAUUUUUUAUCUAAUUUUAUACGUUUUUGUUAUUUUUAUAUUGUUUUUUUUUUAUUAAAUAGCGUUCUACUAUAUUACUAUUUUUGUACAUUUAAAAUUAUAUACACUAAAAUAUACAUUUCAAUGUAAUCAUAAUUGUUUAACUCUUUUGUAUGGGUAUGGUUCCAAAAAAUAUAUUUUUAAACAAAUUCAAA